AUGUCGGGCGCAAACAAGAACGAGGAGCGCAUCCCCACACCACCGCCCGUCCCCGUCGACUCAGCAUGGCUCGACUCACUCACCAGUCGCAUCCGCUCGCGUCCCAUCCCCUGGGAAGGAUACGCAAGGGCCGACCUCGUCUCGCAGGAUGAGCUAAAGAUGAUUCGAUCCGUCGACGCAAAGGACGGCAAAGAGGUGGACAAGAUACUGCAAGAAAAGGGAGAGCAGUAUGCUAUUCUGUAUUUGAGGCUACUCAGCAAGCUCAGCAGGACUGAUACGCUCCAACAGGUCCUCGUCCUCAUCGCUGAUAUGCUCGAGGCAAACCAGGAUCGCAUCGCACUCUUCUUUAAAGCGGCAAAGAGCGUCAAUGAGAUGGAAAAGGAGGUCGGACAGCAGACGGAUAAGAAGCAGGCUUGGCCUUGGGCCCCCGUUGUGCGCCUCCUCGACGUCAACGAUGACUUUGUCCAGAUUCGCGCAGCGCACUUUCUGGCCACUCUCCUCGUAGCACCGGGAUCUACCGCAUCAUCGGCACCAUCGCACGUCCUGCCUCGCCUCCUGUCCUUCCUCGCCACCAGCAUCAAUGGCAGCUCAGGAUCCACGCCUGCAUCAGCCGCUCUCCAGACUGAGCAGUCCCCCUCGACCUUUGCCGAUGGAAAUGGUGCCGAUAUUGCCAUUCAGCUCCUUGAGGGAUUGCUCAAGAGUCGCUCGUUCAGGCGCGCAGUCUGGGAUGACGAGAUGAAGAAGCAGGCUACCGUUCCGCAGUCAGCCAGCAAGGACAUCAAGGAUGAUGACGACCAGGAGCAGCAGCAUGCGGGCCAGACGCCUGGACUUCUCCGCGGACUCGUCUACAUCCUCCAAAAUGCCGUCGUCGCGCCCGGUGGAACGCAGGACAGACGCGAGCAAGAGGAGAAUGGCAACAAGAAGCCCAAUAACCGCGAGGGACAGAGCGAGAAUGGCAAUCGCCAGGAGCAGCAGCAAUCCAGCUCCGGAUCCGGUUCCGGCUCCGGCCCUUCCUCCUCAUCAUCGUCAUCGCAGCAGCAGCAGCAGCAGCAGCAGCGCCCUCCCUCCUCAGCUGUAUCCGCCCAACUGCAAUAUCGCGUCCUCCUCAACUUCUGGCUCCUCUCCUUCUCCCCCUCCAUCGCCUCGGAGCUCAACCGGAAAUUCUCCCUAGUCCCACUGCUGGUAGAUGCCCUGCGCGGAGCAGUCAAGGAAAAGGUGAUGCGAGUGUGCGUGGCCACCCUCGCCAACCUACUGGCAAAGGCGCCAGACGCCAACGCGAGCUCCAUGCUCGGCUCAGGGCUCCUACCCCACGUCGAGCACAUGGCAGACAAGUAUCGCCGUAUCGACAGCGGAGGAUCAGCUGGGGCUACCCAGUCUGGCGGUGGUGACGAGGAGGUGUGCGAGGAUGUCGAGUACCUGGCCAAGGAGCUGCGUGAGCGAUGGAACGGGAUGAGCAACUUUGAUGCUUAUUUGAGCGAGCUGGAGAGCGGCAAGUUGACAUGGAACAAUCCGGCGCACGAGUUGGAGGACUUUUGGCGAGAGAAUGCUCAGCGUAUGCUCGAGAAGACGGAUAAGCUUACGGCGGGGGAGCAGGAUGGUGAGCAGGAGGAGGGCAAAGGCGGCGAGGGCGGCGAGGGCGGCGAGGGCGGCGAGGAGGGAGAGGGCGACGAUGAUAACGCAGCUCUGCGCCGCGCACCCAACACACCCCUGAAGCGCCUCCUCGUCCUCCUUUCGACGUCACAAGACGCCACGACGCUCGCUGUGGCGUGCAAUGACCUGGGCAAAAUUGUCCAGUUCACAGACGUCGGUGGGACGGCGGAUUCGGCCAACAAGCAGCAGCAGCAGUCGCAGCCCGGAGGCGGCGGUGAGAAGAAGGCUGCGGGGGGUACGGGAGCGGGACGCAAGCGGAUCAACGAGUACGGUGGCAAAGUGGCCAUCAUGCGUCUCAUGGGCGGGCAUGAUGAUGCAGAGGUAAGAUACAGGGCCUUGCAAACCGUCGGGAGGUUGAUGAGCGCCAGCUGGAGGUGAGCAUGCUGUGGCGGCUCCAUCGGAAUUCGUGUCCUGUUUUGAUUUCCAUCUUUGCACAUCCCAAUGUCGAUAUACAUGCUCUCGCGCCACGCCAGGCUGCUCAAAACUUGACCUUCUCCCCACGCACGUCCUUGACCUUGCACGCCCACGUCUUCUCGGAAAAGACUCCGCCCAUGUACACGACCUUGUCGACCUCAUCAACGGCCGCCCCAGUGAUCCCGCUCGG